AAAUGGGCUGCUUUACUUUCGUAUACCUUUGAUUUCAAAAUUGAUAUGUCAAUAAGCAAUCAAGGAGGUUAGAAUACUUAUUUGUAAACAAUGAUAUCUCACGGUCUGAACGUCUUUGUAGACUCACUUGCCGAAAAUGGCAGGAAUUUUGAGUGAGUAAUGUGUGAUCUUGUUUGCCGCUUGCGGAAAGUUGAGAGCAUUUACCAAGUGACUACCACAUCAGAAGCCGCAGUCGAAGAGUAUAGCACAAUUUAUGGAUUCUGCCACACUAUGCUUGUUGCUGCCUCCUGUUUUACUUGUUUAUUCCAGAUCAUACGCAGUAGUUCUGGUGCAGUGUUGAUUAAAUAUUUAUUUUGCCCUCCUAGUUUCGUACUUGGAAGAGUGUCAUUGUUUGCAUAGUAAAAAAUGAGUGUUGAAUUUUGGGCUGAAUUCUUCCAGGCAGCUGGCUUGGAACCUGCAGUGGCUGCAUCAUAUGCUAACAUCUUCUUUGUUAAUAAAAUCCAACCAUCUCAUUUACCUGAUAUUGAUAGAGACGCCUUGAGGGAAAUGAAUAUAACACCAAUGGGAGAUAUUUUGACAAUAUUGAAAUAUAUUAAAAUUUCCUGUCCUUUGGUGUCAUCUUCUACUACAACUAUAUCAGGAAAUGAGCAACUGUUACUGUACCAAGGAGACAUACUGAAGCCUCAUGCACAGUUCAGAAAUAUACAAGAUCCUAAAAGUGGGUGUAGUGGUCAAAACCAGUUUGGAUGUGAUACACAACAUACAAUCACACAAGCUGAAAAAUCAUUUCUGUCAAGGUUAUCACCUUCAGCGUGCCAGAUUCAGCCAUUGCCAUCUGCCACUACCACACAUUACUUGCAAUCUGCAAGUAUACAAGCUGGUGAUGACCUGCCAUCUACCACUGUUGUUCGUGAAUCCCCGCUGAAUCUAAUACUGCAUGGGAAUUCCAGCUCAAAGAAAGAAACUGUGAGUGAAAAUUGUGAGUUACAAUGUGUAGAGAUGCCAGACUGUGAAACAAGUCAUGGCAUUCUUUCCAGUUCAAUAAAUUCAACAGUAUCCUGUGAUACACCUGAAGCAACAAGUAACAUAUACAGCAUUUCACCUGACAAACUUGAUGGCUUGAAAUACAAAUUUGAAUCAUCCAUGAAUGAUUCAGAUGUUGAAUGCUUUGAACAGCAGCAACCUUUGUCAUUUAGUCCACCUGUUGUGCCAAAUACUUCAUUACAGUACAACAAACAUGGGAAAAUAAAUUGUGUGUAUAAUACCAAAGAAACACUUCCUCGUAGGCUAUUAGUGGAGAGAUCAAAACAAGAUUGCAGCCAGAAUAUUGCAUCAGAAAUGGCAUAUACAAAAUGUGCAAUGAACCAAAGAUUUUCCAAAGAAAAAAUUAUUGCUCCAGGAGGGGUGACACCUUAUCAGAAACGGUCAGUGUUCGAACGCUUAGGUCGGCGGUCAGAUGUGAAGGAAGUGUGGGUUAAAAAGAGUUGCAAACCAUUUAGACAGAAUCAACAAUGUAGAAGCGAAUUGAGGCUAAAAGCUACUCCUCAGAGGGAUAAUGGUAUAAUGAGAAGUAAUCACGUAAGGAAAAAAUGGCAGUAUAGUUCCACAUAUGAUGAUCAGCUGAAUAACAACACAGAAUCUGUAAAUAAAAUGGCUAUGGGUCCUGAGCCUUUAUGUGAGGAGAGUUUGUGUUUACAAAGUAAAACUUACAAUGAAGACACCAACAAAGCACUUAUUUCAGCAAGUCACUUGAAUAGUGAUAAAACUGCAUCCAAGUAUAGCACUGUUAACAACAAAAAACAGUUACAAGAUGUUUCCAAUGGUAAUUUAAAUGGUGCUGUUCCAUCUGAUACGGACAGAAAUGAUAUUUGCCAGAAUUCUCCUCAAGAACUACAUAGUGUUCAGGAAAGUCCACGUUCUUCGACAUCAAGAAUUCCGCUUGCUGAGCCAAAAGAUGGAAAUACCACCAGAUCAGCUAGUGACAAUGUAAAAUUGUCUCUUCAAGAAACACUUACAAGAGAUCCAGAUGCUAUCUUAAUAACUCAUACACCACAAAAUGAAGAUCCAGAAUUGAAGAACCUGCGAGAUCCUACUCUCACACGGCAUACAGAGCAAUUUUACCUAGCUUGGGCUGAUAGACGAAAGCGUGCCCACUCAUUUCCUGUUUUCAAGCCAAGUUUCUUGCAAGUGUCAUAGAGGAAAUGUGAAACAGUCAACUUGAUGUUCAGGGCUCAUUCCUUUUUUUCUGUUUCACUGGUCUCAGAAAUUACAUCUGAAGAAGUUGCCAUCAAGUAAUCAUUACAUAAUAUGAAUAAGUAUUUUCAGAAGAUAUACUGGAUGUUCUGUUUUAUCCAUUAAUUUUAACAUUGUUGAUAUAUAUCUGUUCAGAAGAAAAUAUGAUUACAUGCCUGCUUUAA